GAGGGAGGACUGAAGUGAAGGGAGGAUGAGUGACGUAGCGCCGAUGUAGUGGGAGAGGGGAAGAGAAUCUUGUUUCGUAGGACCAAAUCGAGGAGCAAAUCUCCAAUGUCAUGGAACAAUUCCCAUUUGCAAAUGAAGUGGCUCGGUGGAGACAGUGGUAACGGAAUGCUGAACCAUACCAAUGGGCAUGCUUCGUCUCCGCAUGUAAUAAGACAACAGGCUCCAGAGACUGGUAGACCACAGUUGGCAAGAUCCCAGGAUGAUGCAAUGGUCGGUUACAUGUUCCAGCGACCACAUUCAGAUCCAGAUUUUCCCUUACCGCCACCUUUCACAAAACAGCAUCCUCGCUGGGCACUGGGAGAUGAAAGUAUUGACCCGGCUGCAGAACAUAUGGUUUUCGUAAAUAACCACAUGGCAACACAACGGCUUGCAGCAGCUGUUGCAGCCUCUUCACACAUGCAAACUACAGUACAUCAUCUCCAGCAGCAGCAUGCACAAGUUGGCAAUGGGCAGAUAGCGCCUUCGGCUAAAAAACUAUGGGGAGUAGAAGAACAAAAGGACGACAGUAAAGGCAUUCUGACGCUAAACGACCAUCAAAUGUGGCGCGACCCCACAUGGAGUACUUCGGAUCAUGCAGUUUCCCAACCCAUCACUAUGGUACCUAGGAGAUCAGGAAGCUUUCCUGGUAGUGAAGCAGCAAAUAUUCUCUCCCCCCGCUCCUCAGAAACUGGUGGUUUAGGGGUCAAAAUGGUAGAAUACGUCCUCGGUUCUUCACCAACUGGCAAAGACCUUGAACCUCGUAUGAGAGGGCUUGUGCUGAAUCCAAAUGACAGUGAAAAGAAAGAAAAAGAUAAAGCCCCGUCUCCUUUUGAAGCAGGCAAGAAGGACGUUGAAAAUGGGAACAACCCACAGCCUAAUGGAAUCGUACAGAAUGGACUUGGAGACGAUGACAAAGGAUUUAAGUACAACAAGGACCAGUACUCAUUAGCAAGCCGGACACCAGGCAGUAGGCAACCAUCACCAGCAGAAGAGGACAUCAACAAAAAUAGUGGUAGUGGAGCAGGUGGGAAACCUCCCUCAGAAGGUGUUGAAGGACCUCACCAUCAUCACCAUAUGAAUCAUAUGCCACAUCCUCCUCACGCUUUGCAUUUGGACAGUGUAAAUCAACAGUUUGAACAUGUCAUGACAAUGGACCCAAGCACUGCCAGUGCCAUGGCACCUUUUGACCAAGGUGGCUAUGUACCACCACAGCAACAGCAAGCUGAUUCUCCAGGCGUGUUACCUCCAAGCUUCGAUGUCCAGCAACUGUUCCGCAGUCAGCAGCAGCAACAAGCUACGCCUCAACAGUUGCUCUUGCAGCAACAACAGUACCUAGCAACACAACAGCAGCAGCAACUUGGGCUGGCUGCCCCUGCUGCAGCAUUUACGAGUGCACCUUAUGUGAUAAAUGCACCCCAAGAGCCUUAUGUUGGAACACUUAUUGCAGGGCCAACAGUUGUGCCCCAAUAUUACGGGGUUGCUCCUUGGGGCGUCUACCCCGCAAAUUUAAUCCAGCAAGGUGCAGCAGCUGCAGCAGCUCAACAGAGGCGUCCACUCACCCCUUCAUCGGCAGGAGAGCUGCCCUCCACAACGACAAAUCUCACACAGGUGCAAGGACAGUAUCAAGUAAUACCUGCCUACUACGAUCAAGGAUCAAUAGUUAUGGGCAAUGUACGAGGUAUUGGAAGUGCCACUCCAAUGCGGCUAGUCUCACCUGCACCUGUUAUAGUAAACACAGGCACCCCUGGAAGUAAUAUGAGGUUACUGGGCAGUCAACCUCAGCAGAUUGCAACACCACCCUCAGCCUCAAUCUACAACAGCAAUCAGCAGCCUUCUCUCUACAACUCAUCUGCAUCAAAUGGAACUACUAUUGGAGGGCUGCAGUCAGGGUCAGGUGUAGGUGGUGGGUUUGCAUCACUGGCCAACUCGUUGGGAUACAGCAACAGCAGCUGCAGCCUUGGGACCAUAGGCUCACCAGCUGCCUUAGGAUCAGGUCUUGGUUUGGGAACCAACAGCUCUGGACGCAGAGAUUCCUUCGACAGAAGUACCUCUGCUUUCUCCCCUUCGCUUGAUUAUGGGCGUGGGAAAUGGCCACAAAACUACGGAGCGCUAGGUACAGUGACCGCCUCUCCAAGUCCUCUUGGUCUUACAUCGGGAUCUUUGACACCCCCACCUACUCUUGGAGGAAGUUCUGGAAGCCUCCAGUUGGGAACACUAGGUGUAGGAACUGGCCGUGGUGUGUUGUCUGCGGCACCAGGAGCAGAAGCUGCCAAGUUCCGCAAUGGCGUUGGUGUUGCUGGGUUAGCUGCUAAUGGAGUAUUUGGAUCAACAAAUUCGCUCUUCACAAAAUUGGGUUCAAGUAACAGGGGAGCAGCAGGUGUCACCCCUGGUGUUGACAAACCACCUGGUCGCAGUCGUCUCCUGGAAGAUUUUAGAAAUAACCGGUUUCCAAGCCUUCAGCUGCGUGAUUUGGUGAAUCACAUUGUAGAAUUCUCUCAAGAUCAACAUGGUUCAAGAUUCAUUCAACAGAAACUUGAGAGAGCAACAGUAGCAGAAAAACAAAUGGUAUUUUCAGAAAUUCUUGCUGCUGCCUAUAAUCUCAUGACAGAUGUAUUUGGCAAUUAUGUCAUUCAAAAGUUUUUUGAGUUUGGAACACCAGAACAAAAAACCACCUUAGCACAAAAGGUACGGGGACAUGUUUUGCCCCUUGCACUGCAGAUGUACGGCUGUCGCGUAAUCCAGAAAGCUUUGGAAUCGAUUUCUCCUGAACAACAGGAAGAAAUUGUUCGUGAAUUAGAUGGACAUGUGUUGAAGUGUGUCAAAGACCAAAAUGGCAAUCAUGUUGUACAGAAAUGUAUUGAAUGUGUGGAUCCCCAUGCUCUUCAGUUCAUUAUUAAUGCAUUUUCAGGACAGGUGUUCGCGCUAUCAACACAUCCCUAUGGUUGUCGUGUCAUACAGCGCAUUCUAGAGCAUUGUACUCCAGAGCAGACAGCACCAAUUUUAGAAGAGCUUCAUCGGCACACAGAGCAGUUAAUUCAAGAUCAGUAUGGGAAUUACGUCAUACAACAUGUUCUAGAACACGGGAAGCCAGAAGACAAGUCUCAGAUUAUCCUGUCUGUAAGGGGAAAGGUGCUGGUGCUUUCACAACACAAGUUUGCUUCCAAUGUCGUAGAAAAGUGUGUCACUCAUGCUACAAGAGCUGAGCGUGCAGUUCUGAUAGAGGAAGUCUGCAGCUUCAAUGAAAAUGCUUUGCAUGUUAUGAUGAAGGACCAAUAUGCAAACUAUGUUGUACAGAAGAUGAUUGACGUAUCGGAACCUGCACAGCGCAAGGUUCUUAUGCACAAAAUUCGACCACAUCUGAACUCGCUUCGCAAAUACACAUAUGGCAAGCAUAUAAUUGCAAAACUUGAGAAAUUUUUUAUGAAGACAGCAUCAGCAAUGGGAGUUGGCGGCCCCGUCGUUGUGAGUACUGAUCUCGGCCCCAUAGGCCCACCGAGCAAUGGUGGUCUAUAGGGAUACACAUCGGGCAGCAUACUGCCAGAGCAUCUGCCUUGUAUGUACUUUUAGUAUAAGGUUUGACCUUACACUUUUAACGCAAGUUUUGGAAGAAACUGAUCAGCACAUAUGAAUUUUCAGUGAAACGCAUUUAUUUUAAUUUUUUUCUAAGUUGUGACAUUCUCGCAAAAACUGCUCUGGAAGUAAUGCAUUUGGAUUUUGUAUGUAAUGUAUCAUCAUCUUGGUGAUGAUCUGUGUGAAGAUGUGGAUAUUUGCAAGCAUGAGAUAAGUCUCGCCGAAGAAUGUGAAUAAGAUAAGAAUCAAAGAUAGGCACAAUUUUAUUGGUGUAAAUACUGUUUUGCUGACGUUAAAAUUAACAGUCAUUCAGUUAACCUGUGAAAAUAUUACAAAAUGAAAGUUAUGCAGCUUAUAUGGCAUAUCUCAUGAGAUACAAUCUGGUUUAUAGACAACUGAUUGCUGAUAACUGAAGUAAACUAGGUGAGCAGUGUGACGGGAGUAUUCAAAUAUUUUCAUAUGCAGUGAGUAUUGUGUCAGCAAACAAUCAAUUUACAAUAAAUAAAAAUUCCUGUAUACUGUUGCUUGAAACAGCAUGCACUAGUAAGCAUGUUUCAGUCUAGGAAUACAGUUAUUUUGUUUUAGACUUUCUUUUUUUAGGAGCCAUUUAACUAUGUAAUUUCUUUCUGUUACAAUCAAAACUAAAUGACUGUAUGUAAACAUUUAUUGGAUAAACACAAUGAAAUUAGUACUGGAAGGCAUUGGAAAUAAUAACUGGAACGUGACAUGUCUUUUGCAGGAGAGAAUGGAGUUCACAUUCACAAACACUGUUUUCACAUGGGGAAAUCAUUAUUUUAACAUAAAUAAUUUUCAUUAAAUGGAACAUCAAAUUGUGAUAAACCCCUCAGGUAAUAGUUGCUAAGGGAUUUUAAAGAAAACUAAGAAAACAUUUGUAGUUAUUGAAAUUUAAGAGAAGAUGGCAACCGUAAACAUUAAAUCUUUUUUAAAGUUUUUGUCAUAUAUUUACUGAUCUUGAGGCAACACACACACACACACACACACACACACACACACACACACACACUGCUAACAUGCAGAGGGAAUAAUUGAUGAAAGUGGUUAUGACAUCAGUCUCAAAAAUUGAUGUAUUUAACACAAGAUAUGAGGUUGUAGUAUUGAAAACAGUAAACUCCAUGCUACCUUGCUGGUUAUUUCUCUGUCUUAUAUAUUUGCUGUGGAUGCUUAAUAUCAUUGUUAAAUUAAUGAUUUUGAAUUUUACUGUAGUAUUAGAGCCAAGGUAAAAGGGCUACAUGCCUUUACUGAACUGGUGUAACUUUCAAAGCUCACAGUUCUGAAAUUAAUUCCUUUUUGGGUAUUAUUCUUAUUUUGAUGUACAUACAGAUAUGCUACCGCUGUGGAUGUUUGAAAUUGGUGUUUUUAAUGCAUUUGUUUUUAUGAAAUGAAGUAAAUGCAUAGAAUAUAUAUAAAGAGCCAUUAUAUUGAUAUAUUUUGGAUGAGUGUUUACAGUGGCUCAGCUUCCAUUGCAGGAAGUUCUUCAGUCUGUGUCACUCGAUACUUUCCCAGAGUGAUUGUAUGUAGAAACCAAAUCCCAGUUUUUUAACAGUGAAUUGUAAUAAUAUGAUAUGUACAGUUGAUAAAAUAUUUGUACCAAGAUUAUACAUACAUAUAUAUAUAAAUAACUUGUUAUUAGUUUCUUUGUAAGUAAUAUCUGUUUAACAAAAAUCAUGUCAAAUAAUGAACAUAUGCCAUAUUCAGAAUGUAAAGUGUACAGGCAAAAGACAAAAGUACCUAUUUUUCAUAAUCAGAUUAACAAUAAAAAAUAAAAGAGAACAAAAAAUUCUUAUUCAAAGAAAAAUUAUGAAAUGGAAAUGUAGAACUGAACAUGUAGCAUAACAGGAGCUGCGUUCAUACCUAUAUAAAGCUACAUGGUUGAGCACUUGUGACUGCAGACAGUUUUUAUUCGUGACACAAGUCCCUCUGAGGACUUGCUAUCCAUUUCAUAUAUUUGAGUUUUUAAAAAGAUACACGUUAAUAGAAACAACUUCUUUGUGUAAAGGAUUCUUCCUGGAUAUUUUCAACUAUUCUGCUGAGCACAACCUGGAUUAACUGUCAGAUAUAUUUAUUUCUACUGUUCCUUAAAUGUGCAACUAAAGAUAAUUAAUUCUUUUGUCUACAGGUCCCUCUCUAAGAACAUUUUUACUGUAUAUUUCACAGUGGCGUUCUAAACCCUUAGAAGUUAUUUUGUAAUUUGCACAACAUUAUUUGUAUGUAAUGCAUCCAUUUUACAGUGUUCGAUAAUUUACCUCGUAAACAUUUGGCCAUCCAAAUUACACAAAUGAAUAGAAAAUUUAGUUACUUAUGUAGUUUCAUUUUGUGUAGUUGCUCUUAAUUUCUGUUUAUAUAUUCUUGGAAUUUUCUUUCUUGGGCUUCUUUGGAGAUGGUAAACUGUCUUGACAUCCAGCUUACUUUUUGUUGUAGUGUAUUUAUGUAAUUAUUAAUGUCAUAAAAUUACCAUUAUUGAUACAUCUCAUAAGAGUAAUGGGUGCAGUACCUAAUUUACUCUUCGUGGGGGCUUCAGGACAAGAGUUCUAUCAGCUCUUUGUUGCAUUCACUUGUUGUAAUUUUCUGUUUUUAAACUGAAGUUGAUUAGUCAUUAUUUGAAAGAGGGAUCUUGCUUGGUUUGGUACAAGAGAGAUUUUUUCAAAAAGCAUUUUGAUAACCAGACAACAAGGCUUGCAGGGUCUUGCUGGAUGGUUUUGGAUUUACCUAAGUGUUGAAUAAUACAGUGAUAGAUAAUUCAUUUACCUCAUGGAAUUUCUUUGAUUGGAAAAUCUGAUAAGUUCUGGAACUAAAUAUAAACAUUUUCUGAAAUGAAAGAAUCCCUGCAUGUACUUGAAUGUUAUUUUUUCUUUGCAUAAGGAGUGUUAUUUCGAUGUCGGGAAAUUGCAAGACAGUGUCUUUAUUUUCUAAAUGACUAAAUGUUCUGCAGUCAUGACCUUGCUGAUAAAUGAGCACACAAAUGGAAAGUAAGAUCUUUUGCCAAACAUUUUUGUGCUCUGUGUGACAAGUUGGAGCUCGGAUGGAAAAUUUGAAGUAGUAAGCAUAGGUAGUUCCCAGUUUUUAUAAAGGGAUUUGUUUACAGAAGGAAUAAAAUCUCUCCAUAUGCUAAAUUGAGCCCUCUUUUCAAAAGGUAAUAUAUUUCGAAAAAUCCUGUGUAUCACUGUGGAACGGAUCGAGGUAUUACUGAUCAAUUCAUAAAGUAGUGUCUGGAAGCAAUCAUUAUUGACAAAAUUAUAGCUAUUUUGUGUGUUCACAUUCCAUAAAUUUUGUCACAGUUGUUGAAGAGUGGUACCCUUUCAAUUAAGGUUUGUCAGAUGAUAUGUGAACUGUAGUUCACAAGUACUCCUGUUCUCUGUAUGCCCGUACUCCAUGGCAUCAUGUCACACCUUAUUUGUUUUUUAACUGUGCUUGUACCCAAGGUACAUUUCUCAACAUCUUUAUUCAUAAAUCCAGUAGGUGAGGAGACAGUGCACAUAAAAGUAUUACUACAUAUUUAGGUUUUUCUGUGGUUUGCUUUUUUCUUCUUUUUAAAAUGCUCUUGCUGUUCCUCUUUCAAAUCACUAGAUGGAGCCUAUGUUCUGCAGCUCAUAAGAGCAAUUUUCACAUUCAUUUCAGCCGUUGUGCAGCAGAAAAAAUUCCUUUAAUCUACCUGAUGUUUUAAAACAUAUUAUCUGUUUGUAUUACGGCUUGAAUUUUGUAGAUUCGCGGCAUGCUGGUUGCUAAAUUUUUUCCUGUCCGUCAUUAUUACUGUAUAUUUUUAAGGAAAAAUGCAUGUCAGUCUGAAUUUUAAAUGUUUGUGUAAGUAGUCACAUAAUCCCAGUCAGUCACUUUCAUGUAAAUAAUUCAUUAUUUCAUCCAUUUUGCCUCAGUCUGUGAAUGUUUUCAUGAAUGUAAGCAUGAUGUCUAUGUAAUUGAUAGUUAAUCAUUAUAAAUAAAUAUAUAUUUAAAGUUUCAUCAAGACUGAUGUAAAGGAUUAAAAAGUAUAAAAAUAAUGUGAAAUGAAAUCUAUUGAUCAAAUAUUCGCAUUUGUAUAAUGUAUGUAAUGAAUGGUUUGCACAGUUUUGGUGUUUAUAUAUUGUAAAAAAAAUAUAAAUCAGCUAAUGCAAAUGCUUGUAUGAAAACAAUUUAGGCUGUUUUGUACGUAAAUAUAAAUAAAUAUAUACAUAUAUUCUGUCAUCCAUUCCUAUGGAAACUUUUCCAUGUGUUUUAAAUGUAGAAAAGAAAUGUUUAGUUUUUAUAUCAUUUGUGAAGCACAUCCAUUACUUAGUGCACAUAACAUAUAUAUAAACUGAAUGUAAAUUGUGUGUAAAUCUAUACAUAAGAGUUUUAAGUGCAUCUUUUUCUAUUGUUAACAUGGAAGCAGGGUUUGACAAAGAUAUUGCUUUUUGUUCAAAACAUGAUGGAUCCAGUCAGUUGUUUCCUUCACUUGACGUUGAAUUCAGUAGCCAGUGUCCUAAUAUUAUUUAUUUAUUUUUUUGCAUUCACUGGUUCCAUUUAAAAUAAAAUGACAACUAUUUCAUGGUUUGUCCCCAAACACAUAAAUCACACACAAUUCCAGUGAUGUACACUGUUGGGUUUGCACCUGUGUCCAGUAGCUGUUUUCUUUUAUACACAUUUUACAUAAUUUCCAAAUUGCUAUAAAUGUGCUGACACUUUCAGCCUUGAAACUGCUGUCAAAAACCGUUUUUACUGCUUAGUUAGUGCUGAUAAUCACAAAAGUGGAGAUCAAUUAUUUUCCAGAAAUAAGAUAAGUUACAUAAUGUUUUUAUCAGUAUUCAUUUGUAUUUUUUAAGAAACUGUCCCCACAGGUGUUACUUUACAUGUGUUUCAUUAUCUUCAAACAAAAGUGGUCAUUCAUUGUCAUUUGCAACACAUAUUAGCACUCUUGAUACAGAUUGGGAAAAGUAAGUAAUGCAGUAGUUUUUCUAUAGCAUUCAACACUGAUAUCAGCAUUCUUACAAUUUUUUUAAGACAGUGAAGGCAAUUCAUUAUCUUCAUGUGGUUAAAAAUAGUGUUUGUUUACAUUAUUUAUGGAUACUCUGUAUCCCUUUUUUUAAAUAUGAAAUAGUUUUAGUUGUAUGUAGAUUUUUGUCAAGUCCCUAUUGGGUGUAUCAUUAUAUAUAAAAGCUUUUUUUUUAUAAUUUUGUUAUAUUGUAUAAAUGUCAUGGAACCCACUACAUGACCAGCAAACUCUUAGUUGUAAUCCACUGGAUCCUACAUGGAGAAGGUGUAAAUAGAUCUGUAUGGUAAACAGGAUUGAUUUUUUUCUGUAUCUAAAUUCCUAAGUUUUUCAAAUGUGUUUGUGGAUUAAUCUCUGUAGAAAACUUAUUCAAGUGACAUGUAUAUUGUUGUACAAAUGUAACAAUUUACUUGUGAGUAAAAUAAACUUUCUGUAAUGAUCAUUUAA